GACCUUUUAACAGGAAAAAGUACAGCUCUGCCUUGCACCAGCAAGCAAACCUUCAAUCAAGCAAGAAGGAAAGGUAAAGUAGUAAAAAAAGUAAAAGAGUAAGCCUGUUUCAAAAGAUACCCUAGAAAUCCGAAUGAGUGAGUGGGAAGGCCUACCCCCCCCCCCCGGGCCUGAAAGUGGUGGUGGUGGGGCGGGAUACGAGGGUGGGAAAUGGAAGUGUAAGAGAAAUGGAGGGAAAAAAUAAAAAAAUACAAUCAGCAGAACAUAUAAAAGGAGGGACUGCUCCCACCUCGUUUUCCUUUUGUCAUUCCCCCCCAAGUUUUGCACUCCCACCUGCUGGCACAGUACUGUCAGUAUACCUGCUCACUCACCUCACACAUCCUUUGACCACCAUAUUCAGCCAGCUCCGUUGUUGCCUUGAAAUUCAGAACAUACUCCGUUACCUGUCCCGAACAACCAUCUUCUAUCAUACUCCGGCCAAAAAAGAAGUGGGGGCCUGUUUGCUUGCUAGCUAGGCAAUCCCUGAAGUGUACGUCAUCCAACUGUUUAUAUAGGUUCUAUCGAUAAGACCGAGCUGACAAGUUUUCCCUCUCCCCCUUUUUGCCUCAGCUCAGUACUCGCAAGGAAGAAAGAUAUAACCUCUCAAGAGAA